UACAGGUAUCCGUUUCCACAUAGCCGAGUCUAUCUAUCUAUUAAUAACCGGGUACGAGUUGUCAUUUGGCAACCCUGUAUACGCUUACCGGGUAGGAGUUGUCAUUUGGCAUUUCGCUUGGCCAUAAAAGAGAGGAACAAAUGCGCUUCGAAUGACUCUUUGCGAUUCCCGUUGCGGAAACGUCAUGUCCAAGGACACCUUUCCCUUCUCCUCCUCCACAUCACCGCGCUCCCUGAGGCUAGAGCAGGAGUUGCAAGAGUGGGAGGACGCACGAAGGGCCCUGGCCCAGAGGCGCGCACUCACCCGAGAGCCGCUACCGAGAGCCCCCUCCCGCAGGGCUACGCCGCGGCUCCAGGAGGUGCGGGCCGCCCCGCCUAUCGUCCGCUGCCGUGACGCUGCCGUCCGCAAUACCUUCAUGUGCGGGGACAUGAAGGGGGUGUACGCCAUCCUCAGGGACCCCGCCAUGGUCAACGCUCAGAUGGAGACGGUGCAUGAGGAGAUGACGUGGGCCCCGGAGAUGGGCAUAUGGACCAUAAGCUCCAAGGUGAAGCAGACGUCCGCCCUGCGCCUGGCUUCCGGCGGUGGGCACGCAGCGUGCGUGGAGGAGCUCUUGUCCCGCGGAGCCGAGGUGAACGCUGAGCCGGGAGGUGCCGCGGCGCUCCACGAUGCCUGCGCGGGAGGACACGCCGCCUGCGUCAAACUGUUGCUGGCCCACGGAGCGGACGCGCAACUGCUGACGGCCGAUGGAAGCGCUCCUCUUCACCUGUGCACCUCGCCCCUCUCGUUACCGUGCGCCGAGCUGCUUCUGGACGACGGCGCCGACGUGAACGCGAGGACGGCCGAGUCCAGGCUUACUCCGCUGCACGUGGCCGCCUCCGGGGGCCUGGAGGGCCACGUGGAGCUGCUGCUCUCCCACGGCGCCGACGUGCUGGCCACCAACCUGGAGGGGGAGACGGCUCUGAACGCCGCCUGCGCCAAAGCCGACAAGCCGUCGGAGGUGGGCCGCUACCUGGCCGUGGUGCGCGGGUUGCUGGACGCGGGCGCCGACCCGCGCACGGCGGGUAAGAAGCGCCACACGCCGCUGCACAACGCUUGCCACAAUUGCAGCCCGGCCAUGGUGGAGCUGCUGCUGCGGUACGGGGCCGAGGCAGAUGUCAGCAACAGCGCCGGCUACACGCCCUUGGAGUGUGCGCUGCAGGUGCUUGAGGACAACUUGGACCGACAACCUGAAGCAGUGGUACAGAUGCUCCUGAAUCAUGGAGCCAAACCUGUCCCACCAAAGGUUGGCAAAAGCCCCAGUCGAGAUCAUUUGGAAGCUGGCUGGCUGUGUGGGUGGGUGGGUGGCCGGCUGGCUGGCCCCGGCCGGCUGACUUUGGUUCUCCUCAACUCGUACCCGUACGUCCCGCCGUGCGACUGGAUGGAAGACCACGACGGCGGCCCUUUCUUCGAACGAGUCCGUGAGCUGAGCGGUCAGCCUCGCUCACUGCAGCACCUCUGUCGCUGCGCUUUGCGUCGUUGCUUGGGGGCGCUUUGCCACUCGCAAGCGGGUCGACUGGACGUCCCCGGCUCGGUUAGGGAUUACCUGCUGCUGCAGAACGACGGCAGGCUGCACUAAAUUUGCCCUUGCUUUUUGUUGCUCGUUGGAUCUCUAUCGCAUAUUGAAAUGAAAACAAUAUCACAUUUUUUCUCCAAUUUUGAGCUGACAAAUGUAUGGUUUCAAUUAGGGCUGUGGCGGUUCGUGACGUCACUCACGCCUCUUAAAGGCGCACAUCCAGCACACUACGACUACCGUACGGAGUUAUGACGCUUCAGAAAAACGCUUUGCUUUGCUUUUUCAUUUAUUUUCCUUGACUUCAAAAAACAAAAACGACUCAGUAGUAUAUUUUUAGGGGGACAAGAAUGUACGCUAUCUUGACACGGCUGGGACGAAUGGAUUUGUUACGGGGUCUUUUCUAUGACAUGCAUUAAAAUACAGAAAAGAAUAAACGCCAGUAGGUCAAAUAAAUAAAGCUUGUGCGAGAACAUCAGCACAGCAACGGCUUGCUGACGUCCCUCCUCUCUUC